CGCGCUGAUCCGCCGUUUGUGCGUUCCGCUGGAGGCGCAAGGCCGGCUCUCCCCGGUGUGGGCGGGAUCGGGGCGGGCUGUAGAGAGAUCUGGCCCAAUGGAAAAGAGAGGCUCAGGCACCCGCGGCCCUACAGGUCGCCGAGAAAUUGGCGGCGCGCGCCAAGGGCGGAGUUUGAGAAAGGGGCUGCGCCAAAACCGCGUCAGGGGUGAAGUCUCCCCAGCCAUGACCUCCACCGGCCAGGAUUCCACCACAACCAGGCAGCGAAGAAGUAGGCACAACCCCCACUCCCCCCCACACGACUCCAGCGUCACCUCGAAGCGAGGUGUUAAAAAGGGUGCCGGACUCCGCUCCAGCCCCAAUCUAGCGGAUGUAAAGAAGAAAGGCAGAAUGAAGAAGCUUAGCCAAGCAGCCGAGCAAGACCUAAUCGUGGGGCUCCAAGGGCUGGAUCUGAACCUGGAGGCCAGGACACCGUCUGGCACUGGCUUGGUGUUGGAUGAGCAGCUAAAUGAAUUCCACUGCCUCUGGGAUGACAGCUUCCCUGAAGGCCCUGAGCGGCUCCAUGCCAUCAAGGAGCAGCUGAUGCAGGAGGGCCUCCUGGACCGCUGCGUGUCCUUUCAGGCCCGAUUCGCCGAAAAGGAGGAGCUUAUGUUGGUUCACAGCCUAGAGUACAUUGAUCUGAUGGAGACGACCCAGUACAUGAAUGAGGGGGAGCUCCGCGUCCUAGCAGACACCUAUGAUUCGGUUUAUCUGCAUCCGAACUCAUACACCUGUGCCUGCCUGGCCUCAGGCUCCGUCCUCAGGCUGGUGGAUGCCGUCCUGGGGGCUGAGAUCCGGAAUGGCAUGGCCAUCAUCAGGCCUCCUGGACACCACGCCCAGCACAGUCUUAUGGACGGGUAUUGCAUGUUCAACCACGUAGCCUUGGCCGCCCGCUACGCUCAGCAGAAGCAUGACGUUCAGAGGGUCCUUAUUGUGGAUUGGGAUGUGCACCAUGGUCAGGGAACACAGUUCACCUUUGACCAAGACCCCAGCGUCCUCUAUUUCUCCAUCCACCGCUAUGAGCAGGGUCGGUUCUGGCCCCACCUUAAGGCCUCUAAUUGGUCCACCACGGGUUUUGGCCAAGGCCAGGGAUACACCAUCAAUGUGCCUUGGAACCAGGUGGGGAUGCGAGAUGCCGACUACAUUGCUGCUUUCCUGCACCUCCUGCUGCCAGUCGCCCUUGAGUUCCAGCCCCAGCUGGUCCUGGUAGCCGCUGGCUUUGAUGCCCUCCAAGGGGACCCCAAGGGUGAGAUGGCCGCCACUCCGGCAGGGUUCGCCCAGCUAACUCAUCUGCUCAUGGGUCUGGCAGGAGGCAAGUUGAUCCUCUCACUGGAGGGCGGCUACAACCUCCGCUCCCUGGCUGAGGGCGUCAGUGCCUCACUCCACACCCUUCUGGGAGACCCUUGUCCCUUGCUGGAGUUCCCGGGCGCCCCCUGUCCCAGUGCCCAGGCGUCACUAUCCUGUGCUCUGGAAGCCCUUGAGCCCUUCUGGGAGGUCCUUGUGAGAUCUGCUGAGACCCUGGAGGACGAGGACACCGUGGAGGGGGACCAUGUGGAGGAGGAGGAGGAACCAUGGCAGCCCCCUGAGCUACCGAUGCUGGCGUGGCCGGUGCUGCAGGCUCGCACAGGGCUGGUCUACGACCAACAGAUGAUGGAUCACUACAACUUAUGGGACAGCCACCACCCCGAGAUGCCUCAGCGCAUCCUGCGUAUCAUGCGCCGACUGGAGGAGCUGGGCCUCGCCGGGCGCUGCCUCGCUCUGCCCGCCCGUCCCGCCACGGAUGCUGAGCUGCUUGCCUGCCACAGUGCUGAAUACGUGAGUCGCAUCCGGGCCACGGAGAAGAUGAGGACCCGGGAGCUGCACCGCGAGGGUGCCAACUAUGACUCCAUCUACAUCUGCCCUGGCACCUUCGCCUGUGCGCAGCUGGCCGCGGGCGCCGCCUGCCGCCUGGUGGAGGCUGUGCUGGCAGGAGAGGUUUUGAAUGGUAUUGCCGUGGUGCGCCCCCCUGGACACCACGCAGAAAGGGACUCGGCUUGCGGUUUCUGCUUUUUCAAUUCUGUGGCAGUAGCUGCUCGCCAUGCUCAGGCCAUCAGUGGGCAUGCGCUGCGGAUCCUGAUCGUGGACUGGGACGUCCAUCAUGGUAACGGCACUCAGCACUUAUUUGAGGAGGACCCCAGCGUGCUCUACAUUUCCCUGCACCGCUACGAUCAUGGCACCUUCUUUCCCAUGGGGGAUGAGGGUGCCAGCAGCCAGAUAGGUCAGGCUGCAGGCACGGGCUUCACUGUCAACGUGGCCUGGAAUGGGCCCCGCGUGGGUGACCCCGAGUACCUGGCUGCAUGGCAUCGGCUGGUGCUUCCUAUUGCCUAUGAGUUUAACCCGGAACUGGUGCUGGUCUCAGCUGGUUUCGACGCUGCCCGGGGGGACCCGCUGGGUGGCUGCCAGGUGUCACCUGAGUGCUACGCCCACCUCACCCACCUGCUGAUGGGCCUGGCCAAUGGCCGUAUUAUUCUAAUCCUAGAGGGUGGCUAUAACCUGAUAUCCAUCUCGGAGUCCAUGGCUGCCUGUACCCGCUCCCUCCUUGGGGACUCACCACCCCUGCUGACCCUGCUGAGGCCCCCACUCUCACGGGCCCUGGCCUCGAUCGCCGAAACCACCCAAAUCCAUCGCAGAUACUGGCGCAGCUUGCGGGUCACAAAGGUCGAAGACAAAGAGAGACCCUCCAGUUCUAAGUCGUUCGCCAAGAAGCCAUCCCAACCAGCCAAGCCUAAGCCAUCCAAGGGGAUGACCGCCCCAAAAGGGGACAUUCCGGAAGCACACACAGGGAAGGCCACCUCGGUAUCAUCAGUGAAAGUGUCCCCCCCAGGCCAGACGAAGUCAGAGGCAGCCCUAGUGGAACUUACUCAGGACCAGUCCUCAAAGGCUGCCACAGAGGAGGCUGUGGGAGGAGCUAAGCUGAUCCAAAGCCCUCCAGCCUCGGGAGGUGACAACCAGACUCCUCCAGCUUCUCCACGGCAAGGAUCCACAACUCUGAUCUCCCCCAGCAAGCUGGUAGGCAAUCUCGGAGCCUUGGAACUGAGAAAUGAGGUUCAGGAGUCCCCAAAAGAGGAAGGGCUGCUAGGAGAGGCAGCUGGAGGUCAGAACAUGGACAAUUUAAUGCUGAUGCAGGUCUUUGGAAACCAAGCUGACACUGACCAGGCCAUGUUCUAUGCUGUGUCACCACUGCUCUGGUGUCCACAUGUGGUGGCAGUACGCCCCGUACCUGAAGCGGGCCUGGACGUGACCCAACCUUGUCAAGACUGUGGAGCACUCCAGGAGAACUGGGUGUGUCUGUCUUGCUAUCAGGUCUGCUGCGGCCGUUAUAUCAACGCCCAUAUGCUCCAGCACCACGAAAGCUCAGGCCACCCCAUGGUCCUCAGCUACGCCGACCUGUCUACCUGGUGUUACCCCUGCCAGGCCUAUGUUCACCACGAGGCUCUCCUGGCUGUGAAGAACAUCGCCCACCAGAACAAGUUUGGGGAGGGCGUGCCCCACUCCCGCUAGAUCCCAGAAGCCUCUUCGCGGGCCUGCUUUACUCCAUCCCAAGUUGUACCUUGGAGGAGAGGCAGCCUCGCUCCCCCCAUCCUGAAGCCCCUUUACCACUCCCCAAGGGUGCCGCCCGAAGUGUAAAUACUUUUAAGAGGACAGUGACGAUCACUUGUACGUCUUUCCCUGCUCACUGCCAGCUCAAGGGACUCCAUCUACUCUGCCCCCGAAGGAAGGGGCGGCAGCACAGUCACCCCAAGGCGGGGCUGAUGUAAAGAUGAUACUUUGGAGGGAAGGGGGGAUGACUGGCAGGUCUGGCGGGGUGGCAUAUGCAGUAAAGUACAAGCUGUUACAAAAA